AUGGCUUUAAACCUUGUCAAGGGAAUCAUCUUCCUCUCUCCAACUGUGCUUGGCAUUCUGGGGAAUGUUACUGUGUUUGUGAAUUAUGUUCUCCUCCUUGGAGGCACCGAGAUGAAAUCUGUACAACUUAUUCUCAUUCACUUGGCUUUUACAAAUAUCAUCAUACUUUUUGCAAAAGGGAUUCCUAAGACAAUAUCAGCUUUUGGGCAGGGACUCUUCCUCCAUGACACAGGCUGCAAGAUUGUUGUUUACCUGGAGCGGGUGGCCCGGGGCCUCUCCAUCUGCACCAGCAGCCUCCUCACAGUGACACAAGCCGUCACCAUGAGUCCCACAGACUCCAUGUGGAGGAGGCUCAAGCUGAAGUCACCAAGGCACAUCCUUUCCAUAUUCAUCCGGUUUUGGAUUCUCAAUUCCUUAAUAAGCAUGAACUUACCACUUUCUAUCAUAAGCAUCAACAGUGUGAACAUAUCACAAACUACUAAAGGUGACAAGUAUUGCUAUUUUCUACCUGAAGGAUGGAUAAUAAGAUGGACAUUUCUCAUUCUGAUGGUUCUACGGGAUGCUGUGUUUCUGGUCAUCAUGGGUGGGUCCAGUGGCUACCUGGUGUUUCUUCUCCGCAGGCACCACCACCGUGUUCUCCACCUGCAGAGCUCCAAGUUCCUCUACAAAACUCCCCCUGAGAUCAGAGCUGCUCAAAGCGUUCUCUUUCUGAUGCUCUGUUUUCUUGUCUUUUAUUGGGCAGAUUGUGCUUUUUCCAUGUCGUUUAGCUCCUCUCUCAAUAUUGAUUCUGUGGUGUUAAAUAUUCAAGAAUAUGUGACCCUUGGUUAUGCCAUGCUGAGCCCAUUUGUGCUGAUUCACAGAGAUGAACAGCUGGGUACAUGUUGUCACAGUCAAGAGGACAGCAAAACACACAGGAACUGUUUUACUGAUUUUUUCUGUAACUAAAUUUGAAAUGAAUCUUAGUUCUGCAAUCCCAUGUAUAAAGCAGAAUAGAGUCAAAGUAGCUGAGGUGCAUAGGGAUUUGUGGUCAGACUAUCAGCCUGCUGACUGCAGCCCUUAGCUGACACAAUGCA